CCAAACUACAGGCUGCAGGCAUUACCGUCAUCUUCUGAUGGAAUAAGGGUUCCAGCUGAGCCAUCUGAUUUUCAGAUUGCGCCUCAAUGAGACAGGUCAAAUGGAGACCACCAUUCUAGAGGACAGAAGCUGCACUGAUGUUUGGCUCAGCUCCAUCCCAUUCUGCACACAACAGAAGUCCUGGGGCUUCUGGCUGCACGCUGCAAGCACUGAGCUGUGCAAUGGGCUCAUGGAAGGGCUGAGACGUUCCCCUGCAUGCUGAGCAGCUGUGGCAGCAGCAGCAGAAAGCAAGCAGCAAAGGUGCAAAAGAUCAUUGGACCUUUUGGAAUCAUCUUUUGUGGCUGUGUCCCCACAACUCCUGCAGCAUGACAAGCUGAAGAGUCCUUGGCUCUGUGCAAGCACUGCUCUGCAACAACAGCAUCUGUGUGCCUUCAUUGUAGGGCAGACCCAGGAAACUGCAACCUUAGCCCUGGAGCCCCUGGAGACUACAGGUUUCUUCUCUUCCUCUACACAAUUUGGGCACACUAGGAGUCCCAAAUGACCCCACACAUGGACGGAGGGACCUGUGUCUAAGGAUGACCCAGCAGACUGAAUUAAUCUUACUAUGUUUUAAUCCAACCCUAAUACAAUCCCCUUUGAUUUGUGGCCAGAAAGACCCUGAAUAGCCAUGGUCACAAGCUUAAGUGAAACACACAGGAUGUAGGGGGUUAUACUCCACCAAGGAAGAUUUAAACUUGGCUGCUGUGGCUAUGCAUGGAGUCAAAAUGCAUUCCAAACAUAUGUGGGACUGGGAUAGAAAGACAUGUCUUCCCUUCUUGAGAGGAAUAGAUAGAAGAUAAAUUCAGAUACAGUGUAGAAUGUUCAAUGGAUCUACGCGGGGAAAGGUCAUGUGAAGUACAGCAUCCACUUGUACCUCUGGCUUAGGAACGACGAAGUAUUGUGCUACCAGAAGGCGGCAUUGUUGGUAUAGCUUUACCCUGGUGGAACCCCUGUCUGUGACUUACCUUCGGCAAGAAAGACAAAGGGCAUGUUUCCUGGUGACUUCCUUGUUUCUAUUGUGUUAAAUGAGCAUAAAGCGCAGCCUGUCCCCUACCAAAGCUGCAUGCAAAACCAGAGAAAGGGUGCCCAUGUUCUGUUAAUCUCCAAAACUGGGAUAAUCCAGUAUCUCCCCGUGUCCCUCCAGGCCAUCCUCUUUCUUGGCCAUCAUCUCACAUCCCUUCCUAUCUCCAUCAUCCACCACAGCCAUUGACCAAAUGCCACGCUAUUACUGAAGAGCAAACAGGAUAUUCCCUGCAUCUGGUGGUGGCUGCUGCGUUUUACAAGAUGAAGGUUAUCAAGAGUAGCCAACGUGGAUUCACCAAGGUGAAAUCAUGCUUGACCAGUCUCAUAGCCUUCUGUGAUGCCAUCACUGGCUGAGUAGGUGAGGAAAGAGCAGUGGAUGUUGUGUAUCAUGACUUCAGCAAGGCUUUUGACACUAUUUCCUGCAAUAUCCUUGUAAUGAAGCUUAGCAAGUGUAGGCUAGAUGAGUGGACAGUGAGGUGGGCUGAGAACUGGCUGACUGGCAGAGCUCAAGAGGGCUGUGAUCAGCAGCACUGAGUCUAGAUGGAGGUCUGAAGCUACAGGUGCUCCCUAGGGACCGGUGCUGAGUCCGCUCUUCUUCAGCAUCUUCAUCAGUGACCUGGAUGAAGUCCACCCUCAGCAAGUUUGAUGAUGACACAAAGCUGGGAGGAGUGGCUGUGGAAGAUGAGAACUGUUUCUUUCUUUUGCCUCAAAGCUUGCUUCAUGAGGCCUUUUUGGUGAUAAGACUCUAACUGACAAAUGUGAAUUAUCCAGGGUGUUGAGCAGUGAGUGUCACCGUGCCAGGGUACUUCUGCUUGUGAUUGUAAAGAUAAGCAGAAGUGGGACAAGCAGCCUUUUUCAGGGGUCCGGCUUGAAGGAGCUGACCACUGCAAAAGGUGAUGAUGCUUAUUUAUGGCAUUGAAGGCACCACUCCCUCCUGGCUUAUCUGUCGGGCCAGGUGUGUCAUUCUAACAUAGAGAAAAGAAAAAAACUGUGAAAUGGGGGAUAAAAGGUCCCCACUAAACUCAGAACUUUGGAGAAGAACUCCCAAAGAAAUGAACCCUUGGGAGGAGAACUCCCAGAGAAAUGAAACCUUUGGGGGAGAAGAACUCCUAAAAGAAAAGAAACCUUUGAUGGUGGAAAGAACCUCCUGGGGCCCGCUUGCUGCAAAGCUUCCUGGCUUUCUCCCAUCCCCUGUGGUGACUGGAUGAGAUCAACAGAGGCACUACGAACAACACUGGACCCACGGUGGUGACUAUCUCUCUCUUGCUUUCUACAAGGACUCCUUGCUUUUUCCCACCCCUUUUCUAUCGCCUGCCUUCCCUUCCCCUUCUCCCUAAGCAACUAGGAUUUGCAAUAAACUGGUCAGGCUAACAUUUGACCCGUUGUGUCUUAAUCUCGCAGUCGGGUAGACAUAUAUUAGAAGAACCUCCUUUCUCUCCUAUAGAUUGGAGCGAGACAGUGGCUGACCCACCAGAAGGCUACAUUAGCUGGAGGGUUAGACUACGUGAUCUCCAGAGGUCUCCUCAACCUCUACAACUCUGUGAUUUUCUGUGAUAUAGCUGUAUAGAUUAUCUGCAUGAAAAUGCAAUAGGCCUCAGUUUGAGAGGCUGGAAUCUGGAGAAUUAAUAGAACAAGCAAAUGAAGCUAGAAUAUUUUGUAGAACUGGAUUGUCUCUCCAAAAAUCAAUCAGACCUCUAAGAACAACUCUUGUCUAGCCUGUCUACCAGGAGGGUUUUCUUAUAGGGUGCUUCUCUAAUUUGGAGCACUUUUUUUUCCCCCUGAAUAGCGAGUGGCCUCUUCAGGAAUGCAAGUGCAUGGAAUUUGCAUGCACAAAAAGGAAUCUGCGUAAAAAAAAAAAAAACAUAGCUGAUGCACAAGUGUGUGAAAGUCUGUGAGCUUCAGGGAUUGGUUUGUUUGUUAUUGUCACAAGGAGCCAUGGGGCAGGUGCUUGACCCCAAAGAAACAGGGGAAAUGCAAGAAAAUACUGAGCAAAGCCAAUGUCCUGUGCAUGGGAAAUAGCUGGAAACCCAAGUAAAGUGGUUACAACAAAUUUUAAUUUAAUUUCUUUGUACCUUGGUAAGUAUGAAGGAAUCACGUCUUAUUAAGAUGGUGGGCUCCAUCUUUCCUUAAAUGAAGACCAAAAACUGAAUUUGGAGUCUGAGAUUUGCUGGCAGGAAGAAACCCAAUCCCUAUUCCGGAGGUUGAAUCAUAAAAAGAACCCAAAGCUGGUAUCUACCUCAGCCAUUUUUGACCUGUCCCUUAUGAUACAUGACUGAAGGCCAUGGACCAUGGAGAGUCCUAUACCUGGGGAAGAAUAACUGCAUGCAUUGGUACAGGUGAGAAGCUGACCUGCUGGAAAGGAGCUCUGUGGAUAAAGACCUAGGCAUCCUGGUGGUCAACAUCCUGGACUUGGGUGAGCCAAACCAGAAGAAGAAUCACUGGGGUUCAUGAUGCCAUAGGUUUUUACAUGGUUUUGUGCCUACUGGGUGCUGCAUUUCCUUCGUCUAUCUCCUAGGAGAGAAAGGAGAAGGGCUGGGCAGGAUGAUGUGCUUUCAAGCCUUGCAAAUCCCCUACCCUCUCUCUGUUGUCCUCUUACAAAAUUCAUCCAGGGGACAUGACCGCAAAUGCCCACAGUGUUCCCAAAACACAUUUGUUCAUCACCAUGGAUAAAGUUCCACUUCCUGAAAGUGGAAGAUUCAGUUCCCCUUCAGAAACUCGGCUCUGUGUUAUGCAAAUGCAAGCAGCAAGCGGGGUAGCAAGAGGAAUGCAUUCUCCUGCAGCUGCUGCCAUGGUGUUUUGCUGAAUUUCCUCUCCAUUUGCUGGUGGUGGACUUGAGCUCAGUUUCUACAGAGCCCGUCUCCUGCGUCCCACUAGGUAGGGUGCAGAUUUUUCAAAAGUCUUCUACAGCUGGCUGGGCAACCCAUGGGGCAGAGGCUGCUUGCAUGUACUUGGCUGGAAACCGGAGGGAUCCUCCUCAUACUCGCGGGGAUGUGUGUGUCGGGCCCUGCCCAAGUCAGGCUGGUGAAUGGCCCUGACUCCUGCACGGGACGGCUGGAAGUGUUCUACAACAACACCUGGGGGACGGUGUGUGAUGACCACUGGAACAUUGCAGGAGCCCAUGUAGUGUGCCGGCAGCUGGGCUGCGGGAUGGGGCUGUCUGCCGUUGGUGGGGCUCGGUAUGGCCGAGGAAAAGAUCCCAUCUGGUUGGACAAUGUGCAGUGCACUGGGAUGGAAGCUGGUCUUUCUGAGUGCCGGGCACGGCCCUGGGGAAACCACAACUGUGGGCAUGGAGAGGAUGUCAGUGUUGUGUGCUCAGGGGCACCCUCUCCAGGCGAGAUCCAGGUCAGGCUGAUAAACGGCUCAAGCCCUUGCUCUGGCAGAGUGGAAGUCUUCCACAAUGGCAGCUGGGGCACUGUGUGUGAUGAUGGCUGGAACAUGACAGCUGCUGAAGUGGUGUGCAGAGAAGUGGGCUGUGGCUCAGCUCUGUCAGCCCCUGUUGGAGCUACUUUUGGGCAAGGGGCAGGACAAAUCUGGCUGGAUGACGUGACCUGUGCUGGGACGGAGGCUGCCCUUUCUCUGUGCCAGGCCAGUUCCUGGGGAAGCCACAAUUGUGGCCACAGAGAAGAUGCUGGUGUUGAAUGCUCAGAACCAAAGCAAGUACGUCUGGUGAAUGGCUCCAGCCGCUGCUCAGGGCGAAUUGAGGUACAUCACAACCAGCGCUGGGGGACAGUGUGCGACGAUGGCUGGGACCUGGCUGAUGCAGAGGUGGUGUGCAGGCAGCUGGGCUGUGGGACGGCGGUGUCAGCCCCUGGCAAAGCUAUGUUUGGGCAGGGACACGAUCCCAUCUGGCUGGAUGAGGUGAACUGCACGGGUACAGAAGGGGCCAUCACUGAGUGUAACUUGAAGCGCUGGGGAGACCAUAACUGCAAACAUGAUGAAGAUGCUAGUGUUGUGUGUUCAGAUCCCACAGAGUUACGGCUGGUGAAUGGCCCAAACCGCUGCACUGGGCGAGUCGAGGUGCUUCACCACGAGCAGUGGGGAACUGUUUGUGACAACGACUGGGGCAUGGAGCAUGCAGAAGUGGUGUGCCGGCAGCUGGGCUGUGGCACUCCAAUAUAUGCUCCAGGCUGGGCUAGGUUUGGCAGAGGCUAUGACCCCAUCUGGCUGGAGAAAGUGACCUGCUCAGGGAAAGAGCCUGCCCUUAGUGAGUGCACAGUCCAGUCAUGGGGACAACACAGCUGCCACCAUGGGGAAGAUGCCAGCGUGGUGUGCACAGAUCCAAUGGCAGUCCAGCUGGUGAACGGCCCAAGCCGCUGUGCUGGGAGAAUCGAGGUGCUGGAGCAACGGCAGUGGGGGACAGUGUGUGAUGACAACUGGGACAUGAGAGAUGCCAAUGUUGUGUGCUGGCAGCUAGGUUGUGGUGUGGCCAUUGCAGCUCCUGGCUUGGCUCACUUUGGACGGGGAAGUGGUCCCAUCUGGCUGUCUGAGGUCAACUGCACAGGGACUGAAGAUGCCCUUUCCAGAUGCAGAGCCAGGCCUAAAGGAGUCACUGGGUGUCAUCACGGAGAAGAUGCUAGUGUGGUGUGCUCAGAACCUACCGAGGUCCGGCUGGUGAAUGGCUCAAAUCGCUGCUCUGGGAGAGUUGAAGUGCUGCACAACCAGCGAUGGGGAAGUGUGUGUGAUGAUGGCUGGGACUUGAAUGAUGCAGAAGUGGUUUGCCGGCAACUGGGCUGUGGUACAGCCAUAUGGGCUCCAACUGCAGCUCGGUUUGGGCAGGGCUAUGAACCCAUCUGGCUGGAUGAUGUGAACUGCACAGGAUCAGAAGAUGCUCUCUCUGAGUGCAGGGCCAGACCAUGGGGAGUGAGUAACUGCAACCAUAAAGAAGAUGCUGGUGUGGUGUGUAUAGGACCAACCCAGCUCCGGCUGGUGAAUGGCUCUAACCGCUGCUCUGGGAGGGUCGAGGUCCUUCACAAUCAGCAAUGGGGAACGGUGUGUGACAAUGGCUGGGACCUGAAUGAUGCAGAGGUGGUGUGCCAGCAGCUGGGCUGUGGGGCAGCCAUGUCAGCUCCGGGAUCAGCCCACUUUGGGCAAGGAUCCAGCCCUAUCUGGUUGGAGGAUGUUGAAUGCACAGGGAUGGAAGGUGCCCUCUCUGAAUGCAGGUCCAGGAAAGGGGAGCUGAGUAAAUGCAAUCAUGAUGAAGAUGCUGGUGUUGUGUGCUCAGAACCCACGGCACUGCGACUGGUGAAUGGCUCAAGCCUCUGUGCUGGGAGAGUGGAAGUUCUCCACAAGCAGCUGUGGGGAUCUGUGUGUGAUGACAGCUGGGACAUGGAGGAUGCCGCAGUUGUGUGCCGGCAGCUGGGCUGCGGGACAGUACUCUCGGCCCCUGGCAGAGCUCGGUUUGGGCGAGGGCGUAAUGCCAUCUGGCUGGAUGAUGUGAACUGCACGGGGACAGAAAACAACCUCUUGGAGUGCUUGGCCAGGCCAUGGGGACAACACAACUGUAAUCACGGUGAAGAUGCUGGUGUGGUGUGUUCAGAACCAGAGAAUGUCCCAAGUCUGACGGUACCACAAGGACCAUCCAGUUCAACUCCUAGCUCCUCACCAGAGCCGCUCACUUCCCAGUGGGUUCCCCUCCGCCUGUCGGAUGGACCACACCGCUGUGCUGGCCGCAUCGAGGUGUUCUACAACAACAGGUGGGGGACGGUGUGUGAUGACCACUGGGACCUGGAUGAUGCCAAUGUGGUGUGCCGGCAGCUGGGCUGCGGCAAUGCACUGCCAGCCACCAGAGACAGGCAAUUCAGGGCAGGAUCUGGGCCCAUCUGGUUGGACGACGUCAACUGCACGGGGACAGAGAUCGCACUUUCUAACUGCAAAGCAAAUGACUGGGGGAAGAACAAUUGCCACCAUGGUGAAGAUGCUGGUGUGGUUUGCUCAGGCUCAGGCAGCCACCACCUGGAUCCCAGCGCUGGUUCUGCAGAGCUGCGCCUGGUGAAUGGCUCGAACCGUUGUUCUGGGAGAGUGGAGAUACUGUAUUAUCACGAGUGGGGAACUGUGUGCGAUGACGACUGGAGCUUUACUAAUGCCAAAGUGGUAUGCCGGCAGCUGGGCUGUGGGGCAGCUGUAUCAGCCCACAGCUCGGCAUACUUUGGCCAGGGGUCAGGUCCCAUUUGGCUAGACAACGUUCAGUGCAUUGGGACGGAAACUGCCCUGUCUCAGUGUCAGGCCAGGCCACUGGGAUUCAGUAACUGUGAACAUGGAGAAGAUGCUGGAGUUGUGUGUGCAGAAGGCACCAUCACCGAAACACCAGCUCAGCUGCGCCUGGAGAAUGGCCCCAGCCGCUGCGCGGGGCGCGUGGAGGUGCUGCAUGACCACCAAUGGGGCACAGUGUGUGACGAUAACUGGACUCUGAGCGAGGCCAAGGUGGUGUGCCGGCAACUCGGCUGCGGGACAGCUGUCUCAGCCCCAAGCUCAGCUCACUUCGGGCAAGGCUCUGGCCGUAUUUGGCUGGAUGACGUGAACUGCACAGGGGCAGAAGCUGAGCUGUCUGAGUGCCAUUUCAGGCAAUGGGGAGUCAGUGACUGCACCCACAGGGAGGAUGCUGGUGUGGUGUGCUCAGAUGCAAACACUUCAGGGCACCGUCUGGUGCGGCUGAUGAAUGGAUCGAACAACUGCAUUGGGAGAGUUGAGGUUUUUCACGAACAGAAGUGGGGGACUGUGUGUGACGACACUUGGGACCUACAGGAUGCUACAGUCGUGUGCCGGGAGCUGGGCUGCGGGAUGGCAAUGUCAGCACCAGGCUCAGCUCAUUUUGGGCAAGGCUCAGAUCCCAUCUGGCUGGACAACGUUCACUGUAUAGGAACAGAGUCCACCCUUGAGGAGUGUACAUUGAACAACUGGGGAGAACACAACUGCGGUCACAGUGAGGAUGCUGGUGUGGUGUGCACAGGCACCAACCCCUUGCAGCUGCGGGUGAAGGAUGGUCCUGGUCCCUGUGCAGGGCGCGUGGAGGUUCUGUACAACGCUACGUGGUAUGGUGUCUGUGACAGCAGCUGGACCAUGCUGGAGGCCAGGGUGGUCUGCAAGCAGCUGGGCUGUGGACAAGCAGAGUCUGCACCCAUUGGAGGCCAGUUCAGCCAAGGGCAUGACCUUACCUUGCUGGAGGGAGUGAGCUGCCGUGGCACAGAGUCACUCUUCCUGGAGUGCCAGCAGAGAAAUAUGGGCCCGGGGCAAUGCAGGCAUGGCAUGGCAGCUGGUGUAGUGUGCACAGAGAUGAAAGACAUUAUGCAUUCCUGCUCAGUAUUGUCAGGUCUGCUUGGCGUGGUGUCGAUACUCUGUGGGAUCCUGUUGGUCAUGUACUUGGGAGUAAGAUGUAGAAGCCAGGCUGGACGCAUCCUGGACAAGUCACAUGUAAGGAAGAUGGAGAAUGUUGGGAUGUCUUAGUUAGCCACACUUCUGGCACUGAAGGCAAGACUCUCUCAGGACCCCAAAAGGCAGCAGAGACACUGUUCUGUGGAACCAGAGGAGCAGAACCACCCCUUAGGACAGCAGAGAAGAUCUCCUCUAGCAUUCCCAUCAUGUGUGCCCCAUAGCCCCUGGCUCACAGCACUGAGCCUCUUGGGGUCCCAGUUCCACCCUUGACCACGUACAGCACCAUAAGUCCCUCAGUCUCCAAGAAAGAUCUUCUCAGAAUGAUAACCCCUGGCUGGUUCUCCAGCAUCCCUACACCGUCUGCCUGCACAGAACUCUCAUUCCCAGCCCUACAAUCCUGCAGACCCCAUUCCAUCACCCCAACAAGGAUAACAACUUUUCCUCUCAUAUUCCAAGGAAAUGAUUUCCUGAACCAGGAACAAGUGAGCAGGAUGCUCUACUGCACUGUACGUAGCUGAUUUUGCAAAAUGAGCAAUGAGCUUCAAAGCCUCUCCAGAGUGGGCUGAAAAGUACCUCACCCAUUGUAUUUAUUCAAUCCAAUCUUUGAAUACUAGUAAAAAAAUCCUGAAACCUGGAAGAGCAAGAAUGCAAUAUUAUUUAUGUAUUCUGGGGUAUGUUGUGACUUGAUCUGAAGUUCGGGAUGUGAUGGAAAAAUGGGUCCUUUGGCUAUGGAGGGGUAAUACACUGAAAACUGCUGACUUUGGGUAAGAUAUUGUGCUGGCCACAAAGAAGGGUUUGUGUGUGAUCCCACUCCUAAUGGAUCAACCCAUUCUCUGGACACUCUCCAGGGCCUCAAUGUCUUUCUUGUACUGAGGGGCCCAAAACUGAACACCAUGUGCGGCCUCACCAGUGCUGAGUACAAGUCACUUCCCCACUCCUGCUGGCAAUGCCAUUUCUGAUACAAGCCAGGAUGCCAUUGGCCUUCUUGGCCACCUGAGCACACUGCUGGCUCAUGUUAAGCUGAGUGUCAACCAAUACGCCCAGGUCUGUUUCUUCCACACAAUCUUCCAGCUACUCUGCCCCAAGCCUUCAGUGUUGCCUGGGGUUGUUGUGGCCAAAGAACAGGACCCAGUGCUUGGUCUUGUUGAACUUCAUCCCACUGGUCUCAGCCCAGUGAUCCAGCCUGCCUAGAUCCAUCCCUCAGGCAGACUGACACUUCCUCCCACCUGGAUGUCAUCUGCAAAAUUACCAAGAGUGCACUCAUUCCCCUCAUCCAGAUCAUAAAUAAAGAUAUUAAACAGGACUGGCACCAA